UAUGGCCCCGCCUCCGCCAGAGUUGUCAACAGUCAGUUCAAGAUGGCUGCGCUGCCGAUGGUGAGGGUCGCGCUGCUCGUCGCGUUUUCGGUGUUUCUGACGCUCAUCCUGGGCUUCGGCUUGCCGUCUGUGCUCAACCUCUUCGCGCGAUGGUGCGGCUUCCCGGAGGCGAGCGUCACCGAGAGCGUAGUGCUGCUGUACGCGCUGUUCGUGCUGUACGUGGCCAUGCCGCGUCUGCCUCGCGGGACAGUGAAGGUUGAAGGGAAAGCUGUGCUCAUUACGGGCUGUGACACUGGAUUUGGACUGGCUUUGGCCAAGCACUUCCACAAGCUUGGUUUCACUGUGUUUGCAGGUUGUCUGUUUAAGGACGGAGAAGGUGCAAAGGAGCUGGAGAGCCUUCAUUCAGAGAAGCUGAAGGUGGUGGAGCUGGACGUCUGCAGCGAGGAGCAGGUCUCGCAGGCGCUUCGGUUUGUGACUGCUAACCUGGACGAGCUGGAGAAAGGUCUGUGGGCUGUGGUCAACAAUGCUGGUAUCUCCACAUUCGGUGAAGUGGAGUUCACAACCAUGGACACAUACAAGCAGGUUUCAGAGGUCAACCUGUGGGGCACCAUCAGAGUCACCAAAGCCUUCCUGCCUCUGAUCCGCAGGGCUAAAGGUCGCGUGGUCAACAUCGCCAGCAUGUACGGCAGAAUGGGAAACGCUCUCCGAUCCCCUUACUGUGUAUCCAAAUAUGGAGUGGAGGCAUUUUCUGACUGUCUCAGGUAUGAAAUGAAGGUUUGGGGCGUCAAAGUUUCUGUCGUUGAGCCAGGAAACUUUAUCGUGGCCACAGGUAUCCUGACACGUGACAUAGUCACGACAACAGCAGAGAAGCUCUGGAAGGAGGCGCCCCCUGGUGUCCAGGAGGACUAUGGGAAAGCUCACUUUGAGCAGUACAUGGCUCUCAUGCGCUCCUACUGCAACAGCGGCCAGCGAGAGAUCGAGCCGGUUUUAGACGAUAUCACAGAUGCCAUCACGUCCGAACGGCCAUACACACGGUACAACCCCAUGGAGCCGCACUGGUGGAUCCGCAUGCAAAUAAUGACCCACCUUCCUGCAGCCAUCUCAGACAGACUCUACUUCUAAUGAGAUGAAAACUUCCAAUACGUUCCUCAAAGGGUGAAUCAAUGAUGAUUUAAUAUAUGCCAUGUUGAACGUAAUCAAAUUAGUAUACAAUCUUUUAAAUAACAAUCCAAAAAAGGAAUUAGCAUACAAUCUUAAAUUUGAAAAAAUAAUCACAAAUCUCAAAGGAAUAUUGAAGGUAAAAUAUGUGUGAUACCAAGUCAACAAUAUUUUGUCCAAAAUAUUCCCUUAAAGGGAUGGUUCACUCAAAAUAUUACAAUUUGCUCAUUUCCUCACCUUCAGGUCAUCCAAGAUGUAAGUGACUAUUUUUCUUCAGUAGAGCAGUAAAGAAGAUUUUUAGCUGAAGCCGUGGUCCUUGGUGAUUUAUAAAGUGCAAGUCACCAGCUGCUGUCACUUUGAGAGUCAAAAAACAAUUUACAGGAAAGACAAAAUUAAUACCCGUUGCUCCUGAU